GUUUCAUUUAUGAUUUGAAUCCUGUGAGAGUCAAAUUCCCGUUAGAGUCUGAGAAGGUGGCAACAGCAGAAGGGACUGUCAACGAACAAAUCAAAUUUUGGAACAUUUCAACGAGAAAUCAUGGCCUCAGUUAUCAAGAAACUCAGGGAGGAAGCCACCUGCUCCAACUGCCAGCAGCUGAUGACUGAUCCAGUGGUUCUUGAAUGUGGUCACAGCUUCUGCCAUGCGUGCGUAAUGAGCAUCAAUGAGAACCAGCAAGGGGACCAACCAGCGGAGGGAAUAGCAUUCUGUGCUCUGUGUAUGCAGACAUUUCAAAUAGAGAGUCUCCGACCCAACAAGAAGCUGAAAAGCAUCAUUGAAACUAUCAAGAAAGUGAACUGUGAAAAGUUGUGUGAGGAACAUGGAGAGAAGCUUCACCUCUUCUGUGAAGAUGAUGGCCAGCUCAUUUGUUUGUGCUGUGAACGAAAACCGCAGCACAAAGGACAUGUCUUGGUUCUUGCUGAAGACGUCUGCGAAGACUACAAGGAAAAGCUACAGAAAGCAGUGACAAAAUUGAGAGAAGAUGAGUCCCUAUGCAACAACCUGAAGUUGUUCCUAAGAAAACAGAGGACAGAAUGGGAGGAGAAGGUCAAGCUUCAGAGACAAAAAAUCCAGUCUGAAUUUGAGAAUCUCCGUAGCUUUCUACACAAUGAGGAGAACCAUUUUCUACGGAGGCUGGGGGAAGAGGAGGAGCAGACUCUGAGGCAACUGCAGGAAGGUGAAGACAAGGUGGAAAAACAAAGCCAGGAACUGAAAAACCAAAUCCAGGAACUUGAGAAGAAAUGUCAGGGCACAGUCCAGAAUUUGAUGGAGGGUGUGAAACUCACCUUGAGCAGGAGUUUUGAUGUGAAGCUGGAAUUGCCAGAGGUCAUCUCUUUGGACCUUCAUACUGUGUGUAAUGUUUCUGAGCUUUACUUUGAUGUGAGGAAAAUAUUAAAGAGAUAUCAAGUCAGCGUGACUCUGGAUCCAGAAACAGCUCAUAGUGACCUACUUCUGUCUGAGGAUGGGAGAAAGGUGAUUGGUGGUCAUCCACAGAAGAAGCCACACUCUGCCAGCAGAUUUACUGCCUUAACUGCUGUCCUGGGUCAUGAAGGCUUCACCUCAGGAAGACAUUACUUUGAAGUAGAUGUGGGGGAAGAAAGUAAAUUGUGCGAGUUUGGAGUUUGUCAGGACAAUGUGCCGAGAGACUCUAAUAUGAAGUCUCUCAUACAACCUGACUGGGGAUUCUGGGCCAUCAGAAAAUGCCAAGCUGAGAGAGGCUUACAAGCUCUUACCUGGCCACGAACCUCCCUUCAUCAGGAGUAUCUCUCGGUUGUAGGGGUUUUUGUGGACUAUGAGGCCGGACUUGUCUCCUUUUACAACAUGGAAACUGGCUCCCACAUCUUCACCUUCCCCAAGGCUUCCUUCUCUCACCCUCUCCGGCCCUUUUUUCUGGUCUAUUCAUCUUCUUCUCUGUCCAUGUCUCCCCCGGAUAUAUUGGUAAAGAAGCAAAGUCCCCUCCACUGACUAUCCAGGACAGAAAUUUUGAUGUAAAUCCUUAGGGACAAACACUUGACUUAUAUUCCUUACUAAUCUUUUUAUAUAUCAAGAGAAUAAUGAUGUGCUUUGGGGUACUUCAUACGUCUGCAUUAAAUUAAAUUAUAUGAAGACUGAUAAUAUGGCCACCAAUAAGCCUGAGCUGAGAGAAAACCCCCCAAGUCAGUGCUCAUGGCCUCUCCUGCAUAAACUGCUUCAACAGGUUUAGACCUUCAAAUGUUAAGAGUUGUUCAGUGAAACCAGCAAUGAGAAGGUUUAUGUUAUAUUUCGCUUCAGACCAUUUGAACACUUCGGAGAGGAGAAAGCAGUGGGCAGAAGAGAUAGUACAGGUGGUGGGUCACUUGCCGUACACUCUACCAAUCUCUGUCCCAUUAUGUGCAUCACAUAUAGUUCUCCAGGACACAGCUUUGUCCUAGGAGAAAUCUGGAGUGUACAGAGUAUGAAUGGGAAGGACUGUUGAAGUCAGAGGCAGGGGCAAGGGCAGCAUCUCGGCACUUGUGGGGUCUGACUUGCUUAUGCCCAGGCGUGGCCUGGAAUGACUUCCAGAACAGAGUGUGAAUCUGACACUAGCAGGACCCCACAGUGCACACAAGCACCCUCGUCUAGCAGGGAGGUACUCCACCUAGCAAAUCCAUCUGGGGAGUAGCCCCUCCAGAUUCCUGCUUAGUCAAAAAAGACAUCAUUAAGCUGAUUGAUCAGAAUCAAGAUAAGGCCAUGCUCUUUAUAACACGGCCGACUUCUCAUUGUCAAAGGCUCUUUUUUCAGUAUUAAUGUAUAUUUUGUUAUUUUGGUUUACAGGUAAGGUAUAGGCCCUCCCGUUGAUCGUCGAUUUGCUCGAGCGGGCCCAGUAACGUCUCCAUUGGAGACUGUGUUGUUACUGUGUCUGGCAGGGUUAGAGAACCUAGGAUGGGGAGGGGGAAGCUUUCUGGAGUCAUUUGUUUUCUGUUCCCCACAAUGCAUUCUCAUGGUCACCUCUGGGUUCACCGGUCCCCGGAGUAUGAGAGGUUUACCUUUCUACUGGGCUCAGAAUGAAUAGUCCUCAGCUCAUCUCUCCUUCCAGUGUCCUGCUGACCUGUCUCUCCUAGGCAUGCUUGGAGGCCUGCAGGGCUCAGGGUAGAUGGACUCUGCUCAGAGGAAAUCCCCUACCCUCAGCAUUUCGGUUUCUUUAACUUUGUACAACAAUACUAUCAGUCAAACAUUACUGUAACCAAUUAACUACUGUAUAA